UGGGACAGACACGGAAUCACUGGACUGUAGUUACUGUAGAAGCAGACUGGAGUCUGGAGAGGAGCACUCAUAGGACUUUGAAAAAAACAAGAGAAACAUGGCAGUGAACUCGUCAUUACAACCCAGCCGGAUGGACAGAAGUGGUAGUUUUCUUCAGCUCGUCGAUGCAUUUGCAUUGUCACUGGGAGCAUUGCAGCAGCAAAUGGUUCAUGCUGUGCAGGAAAAAGACAGAGAUCCAGACAUUUCUAUGCUCGUAGAGAUAGAGGGAGAGAUGAGUCCUGUGUGUCUACAGUAUCCUGCGGUCGAUGGGGAUGGUACGAGCGUAAGUGUGAGUGUGUUGGACAAACUGAUACACACACACCCCAUCUGGCUUCUGCUUUCCAUCGACCAGCAAGAGGCCACUGGCAUCCUUCUGCACCAACCAGCUGGGGUGUUUUUAGUGUGGAAAUCAUCUGUCCUGCAAAAGAAGGUCCUGUCAUUCCACAUGGAUGGUACCUCAGACUCCUCUGUCAUUCACAUCCCUGUAAAGGAGAACCAGUACACAUUUUCUCUAGAUGGCUCAGGAAUCAGUUUUGCUGACCUCUUUCGUCUUGUGGCCUUUUAUUGUAUCAGCAGAGACAUUCUUCCUUUUACCCUGAAGCUUCCUGAGGCCAUCCAUUCUGCAGCAACCCUGUCAGAUCUACAUGAAGUGGCCCAGCAAGGAGCAGCGUUCUGGGAAUCUUCUCUCAACAAACAACUAGAGACUGCCGCAGAUAGUUCUGUGGUUCAAGACAGACCACCGAUCUCUCUACACGGCAGCUGCUCUGAUGUCUUACAGACACAGGAUCAAACCUGCACCCCAUUUGGGAAGCUACUAACCAGCACCUGCCCUAAUACCUCAGAAGGUCAAAGGAGUUGCUCCAGCAGUGCUUUGUCUUUUAUCAACCCUGUCUUUCUCAAGACGCAGCAAGAUGUCACUGUAAAUGCAGAAACGGUGAUCGCAAAGGACCCAACAGCAGAAAACGGAAAAUCUCGUCCCCCUCCUCCACCAAGACCACCUCCUCCUCGCAUUUUGGUUCGUAGCCCUACUUCACCUUCAGGUCCGAGGACUAUGCCUUUGAGUGCUGGCAUUACUAGAACGAGUCGGAGACGCAAUCCUCCACCACGACCUCCACAACCUCCAGACAUCGACAGCUACCGCUGCACCAUUGCAUUAGAUGACGAAACCAUCUCUAGGGCCCUUUCUCAAGUCAAUACGACUCCUUUAAACCCGACCGGCAGCACCAUCCUGCAGCAAUGGACCGGACCCGAAGAGAAAGGGCGAAGCUCAAGUGGCCGAAGCUUGUCUACAUCCUCAUCAGACUCUUUGGAUUCUCCUCCACACUCCCUCCCAUUGGGACUAUCCCAAAGCGUGGGCAAAGGCCUCUCCACGGAUGACAGCAGUGAUGAGUAUGAGGACAAGGAGGACGACGACGACUACGGUGUGGGGCUUGAAAGGGAUCUGCAUGUUCGCCUUCGUGCUUCUCGCAUGUCAAAGAAACUCCUUUCGGUCGAGCUAGUGGCGGCUCGUCCGAAAUCACUUGUUAUCCCACGAGCACUAAGAGGACACUUCCGUAAGGUCCGAGGUGUUUUCAGUGUACUGGCUACGCCUGAAAAACGCAUCUUGCUUCGGAUCAUUGAGUUGUCCCAAGACAAAACUUCUUACUUUGGGUGCCUGGUGCAGGACUAUGUGAGCUUUGUGCAGGAGAAUAAAAACUACCACUCGUCCAGCCAGGAUCUUCUGCAGACGCUCCGGCAGUUCAUGACCCAGAUGAAGGCUUACCUCAAACAGAGCUCGGAAAUGAACCCACCUAUAGAGUCUUACAUACCUGAGGACCAGAUAGAUCCAAUGUUGGAGAAGGCCAUGCAUAAGUGUGUGCUGAAACCUCUGUACGGCUGCUUGCAGUCGGUGCUGCAUGACUUGCAGGUGGCCGGUGGAGUGUGGCAGAGGCUGCAGGAGAAUCUGACCCUGGCAAAGACCAAACAGCCUCACGAGCUGGGAGUGACCGAAGCCCGGCCUCCAGACGCCCACGCCAUCCAUAGGAUCCGCAGAAAACUCCGAGCAAUGUGCCACAUGUACUCACCUGAGAGGAAAAUUAUGGUGCUGUUAAAAGUCUGCAAACUCAUCUACAAUAUUAUGCAAGACCAUGAAGUGCGGAUGUUUGGAGCGGAUGAUUUCCUGCCCAUGUUGACAUAUGUGUUGGUGCAUUGUGACAUGCCUCAGUUGGACACUGAGAUCCUGUAUAUGAUGGAACUGAUAGAUCCCCCAUUACUGCAUGGAGAAGGAGGAUAUUACCUCACCAGUGCAUAUGGAGCAAUGUCACUGAUGAAGAACUUCCAGGAAGAGCAGGCAGCUCGAGUACUCCGCUCACACUCAACACGCGACACACUCCACCAGUGGCACCAGCGUCGCACUCUGCAGAGAAACCUGCCCUCAGUGGAUGACUUCCAGAACUACAUGCGAGUGGCUCUGCAGAAGGCAGAUAGUGGCUGCACGGCUAAAACCCUUCAGGUGCGGCCCUACGCCACGACGGAAGAGGUGUGUCGUCUUUGUGCGCUCAAAUUCCGCGUGUCUGAUCCAGAAAACUACGGCCUGUUUCUUUACACAAACGAGAGCAGCCAGCAGUUGGCCGCAGACACACACCCACAGUGGAUAAAGGCAGAGUUACACAGUCGACCGAAGCGUCAACACUUUUACUUUGUCUACAAGUCGAUACCCAGCAUGAACUGUUCCACUCCUUUGUCUUGAAUGCAGGACGUUUCCUGAACACUCAAUAGACGGAAAGUGUUUAAUGAGGGUGUGACUUUAAAGAAUUUGUAUAAAGAUCGCAAAAUGAAAAGGUCUCAUGGACAGAGUGGCUCAAAAAAGAAUGAUUUAAUUGGCACUUUACAUGAAUAAAGUACGUUAAAAUGAGUAGUUUCAAAACAGACUUUGGUAGCCUAAGGACUAGCUAGUUUGGAAACCAAACAUUUAUAGAUACAACUUGUAUUUCCAAAGGUUUAAGAAUAUUAGGGUAAGACUUUGCAAUAGAGUUCCAUUUGUUAACAUUAGUUAACCAAAUGAGUUCAUCUGAACUAACAAUGAACAAUAUUUUUACAGUAUUUAUUAAUCUUAGUUAAUGUUGAUCUCAACACAUUUUUAAGAUCAAAAGUAGUGUCUUUUGGCAUUAAUUAAUGCACCGUGAAAUAACAUGAACAUUUUUUAACUAACGUUAAAGGUUAUUGCUAAUUUAUAGUUCAUCUUAGUUAAUGCAUUAACUAAUGUUAACAAAUGAGACCUUGUUGUAAAGUGAUACCAAUAUUAGUUUGGUCAUUUUUAUCUUACAAUAACCAUGGUACCUGGGUUGAAUAACUGCGCUUGAUGAUUGCUGUCAAUUUCUAUAAAAAAUGAAAAUAUACAAUGAUUAUAUUUUACUUUUUAUAAUUUACUUGUCUUGCCCACUAAAGGGUCCAAAUGAUAUUAAGUCCCAAAUAUUAUACUAUGUAAAAUGGUGUUUAUUCACAUUAUGUUUUGAAUAGAAAUGUUUAAUGUAAAAAAGGCAUUUAUUGGGUAUUGUCAGUAAUGUGGUGUUGAACCUGUGAGUAUAUACUUUUUUCCCUUUGAUUCAGUAUGAAUUUAAUGUAGCAUCUGUCCCCAAAAAUGCCAGGACUGCAAUGAAAGCCAUAUUGUGGCGUUGUUAUAAAUAUAUAUAUAUAUAUAUAUAUAUACAGAGGUGUCAGGGAUUCUCUCUAGUCAAACCAUAGAGUUCUGUACAUAGUCAGCUAUUUUUGCAUUCAGGUUGAGUGAGUGUUGAAGUGUUUCGAGAUGAUGCUUGAUCACGUGGUUUCUUUUUCUUUAGCACAAUAGAGAAACUGUUAAAUUGGCUGAAGAAGCUUUUUUCUCACUUUGUUCUUAUGAAAAAGGAACACUUUGCUCCUUAUACUUCAGCCAGUGUCUAAAUGUGCUACACUGUAAAUGUGUAACAUGUACAACGCACUUAUGGCAGAGAAUGUGAUUUUUACCAGUUUCCUUACUGUUGAUGGUAAUUUAAACACUGAACUUGUGCAUAUUUUCUUCUCUUUGUUGUUAUUUGCAGGAAAUAAAGAGUGUCUUUAUUCUUUU